AUGGCCCACGCUGAAGGCAUAGAGGGAGUAAGGGCAAUUGAAAAAGGGUUCAGCGAUGAUUGGAAGAAGAGAUGCUGUAGUGAACAUCAAAUUUUUAUUCGGGAUUUUGCUUUGAACAGAUUAAUAUCCUUGUAUCCUGCAGAAAUAAGUGAUACCUCUUAUUUGCACUGCCUUAAACGAUGCCUUUUUCUUCUGGGGUAAGUGUAAGCUUUAUAUAGCGUUCAUAUUUUAGUGUGUGCGACGUCAAAAUAGAAACGGCUGUACAAUUAAAAGUGACCGAUAUUAUCCUUGCCAUGAUUGCCCAUCGAAACGACUUCAUCUCACACUCAGGUGUAGAAUGUUUAGAAGCGUUCCUGGAAGGGCAUGGAAAGACUUGUCAGUCUUGUGGAGCGUUGGAUUGUACGGUUUUGAAGGAAGUUCAAUGUAAAUUUAAUCAAAAUAAUAUUCGGGAAAAGUUGCGGGGACGGAUUACGGUAGGCAUUACAUUUUAUUUAUGCUCUAUUCCUUAAGUUUAGUUAUUACUCUGCAAAUGGUCACGAAGUUAUGAAGCCUCAGAGGAAUUCGUCGAACGGAAUUACGAAAAUUUGUACAAUGCGGGCCUACGAAAUUCUGUAUGGUUUCUUUGCUGUUUAAAUAACCUUCCUUGUUUAGGCAUUACACUUCUUGAUAGCCGAUUUAACGGUAAGUGAUGGACGACGCCAGGUUCAUCUCAAAUUUUUGAAAAGAAUGAUCAAGAAUUGCUGUGAUGUUCGAGUAUUGGGAAGGUUACUGUCAAUGAUUUUGAAGAAUAAUCAUCUUGCAAAUUGGUUUUCCGACCACGUUAAAGAACUUUUAGGUAUUUUAUUUUUCUUAAUCACCAUAAAAUUCAGAAAACGACAAAAUUGAGUCCAAGAUUCUUGUGUGUGAAUCAAUUAUAUCAUAUUCUGUGGGAAAUACUUUUACUUGGGAUCAACUUAUCGAGGAGAAGACAUUGAGAUUAGCUUCAAUUCAUGGAGAUGAUACGGUAUGGAGUUCUAUUAGCGACUUUAUGUUUUUUAGGUACGAUUACUAGCAUUGAAAACGCUUUGUUGCCAUCCUAGAGUCUCCAUGCCGUUGAGUGAACUAGAUUUGGAAUUGAUAUUACACUUGAUCACCUUCUCCAUGACAAUUGAGAGUCCGUCAAUCAGAGAUCCGAUCGUCGACUGUGUGAAGAAAGUAAGACUCAGCGGUAAUAUUACUGUUGUUUUUUAGCUAUUUUCCAGAAUGGCACACAUCUUGCAAUCUCAUGGGUAUAAUAGUUUGAGUUCCUUCAAGCAUUUUCUUCAUAGAUUGCAUGAUGUUUGCGUGGUAUCUCUCGACAAGUCUGCUAAUUUCAACCGCAGAUUCUUUGUUUUCCAUGUUCUUAGAGAACUUCAUUCAACUGUUUUUGAUGGAAAAGUGAAAGGUAUGUUUUACAUUUUUUAAACUGAUUUUUUUAGGUGUUACUAUUUAUGAACUUCUGGAGCUUCAUCAGAUAAUUUCAUCCGCUCAUUUUUUUAAUGUCAUGAUAAGAUCACUUGAUGACAGUUACGAGAAGUGCCAGGAUAUGGCCGCCGUCCUUCUACUGAGAUCGCACAAAUAUGGUGAUGAUACUCGAUGGAACGCCUUGAUCGAAGAGACAUUACAGAAAUACACUGUUGCUUGCUCCAAAACUCAGCAUGGAAUCGUUUACAAAAUGAAAGUUAUAACUGAAUUUUGCCCUCAAAAUGUUGUGGAUAUCCUAAAUAAUAUCGGGAAUCGAGCCAGAAUGAUGAUUGAUGGCCUUCAACCUAAUCUACAAUCUAUUUCCAACGAGAACCCUAUUCAUACAGUUCUCAAUGCAAUGUCUGCGAUUACUUCAAAAUGUGAUCUGACAGAUCCUUCAGUACAACGGGCGGCGAAUGACCAUGUUAUUUUACCUUGUUUUUCUGUGAUGGAAAUGGUAAAUCCUGUUUUGCACAGUAUAUCUCCUGAAGGCAUGGUUUUGGAUGAAGAUUUCGUUGAUGACGAGGAUGAUAUGGGUAAGUAAUGACUCGGAGAUGUAAUUUUUGGUAGACAAAAAUGUGCCGGAUCAAGUGCUCACUCAGAAAAUGCAGUCACAAAGAUUACUGGUGGCUUGUUGGAGAACUAUAAAAGCAGUCUCCGAGAUCUUCGCUAAUAUUGUUACAAGAGUAAGUUGCCAAUUUUUAAAUGAAUUGUUGCAGUCUCCCGACGAUCUCUUACGCAAUGAUUGGUCGGAUCACUUACCGCGUAUUGUCGGCUAUUUUUGGAAUCAAUUGACGGAAUGUCGCCAUCGGGGAGCGUUUGAAAUGGCUUCCGAAUGUUUUAAACGUGUAUGCCAGCGGAUGAAGCGACAAUUCACAGAAGAUGGACAUCAACUUAACCCUGACAAAUGGCUUGAUGACAUUUUGGAGACUCUAGAUUCUGGAAAAGGUGGGUUUUAAGACCGUUUGUUUUAUUAGUUUUGUGCCUGUGUCACUUAAAUUUAAAUUGAAAUGAAAAAUUUAAUCUUGCCGUUUCAUCAUAUGCAAGACGGUCUUAUUUCCAAGUGGAUAGCAUUGCGGGGGCGUUGAGACCUUGAUCAUUCCAGUUAUAGCUGGUCCCAUCCUGUUGACGAUGUGAAGUCCCUGAUAAAAGGGGCGUACCAUCGCGGCAGUUACAACACUGCCCGCUCCAGGGCAUUUCUCGUCCAUUAAUCGCCGGAAUGUUGGGAUGAAACAGAUCAUAGAACUGGAAAUAGGUUGGCCAUAGCAUAGUUGCUCACCUGCACAAAGGACCGGUUCUUCCAAGCACAGUUAAAGCAGCAGGCUGGCCCUUGGGGACUUGACUGACUACGAUAGGAUCAUGGGAAAACCUUUCAAUCUCCUGGGUUAAACGGCAUUCGUUUUCUGUGGCUAAAAUAAUCUGUUCAGUUGUUUAUUAGAACAAUUACCUUGAAGGGUUUCAUCCAAAUAUGUCCUUAAGCAGCCUUCGUUAUUGAUGAAAUAAUUCCACUUUUUCCCAUUGCAUAGGUCAUAAAACCCUCCGUAUAAAAGCAAAAAUCGGCUGGCAAACGGGCAAUUGGAGGUCUUAACACAUUCACUGGCGGGUUUGAGUUGUCUAAACAUGUUAUACGACUAAUGCAAAAUGCUUUUGGUACUCACUGGCAGAUCUUUAUCAUCUUGGAGUAGGUAUUGUAAAACUCCAAAAGAGAAAAAAUCAUAUUGGGCAGAUCUCCAUCACACGUCUCAUGGCAUUUUCCAAAGUCGACCGUCUUAUAUAACACACUCGUAUUCACAUCUUCCAAAUCACAGUAUCCCACGAAUACUGUAGCUGCGAUUAAAAUAAAUGGAGUUUGCAUUUUCGUUGGAGAACAAAGGUUGAAUAAGAAUGGCUAUAUAAUUGAUCUAGCCUUGUGAUUCAUGCUGUGAUUCCAGGGAUUCAUCGUCUUGUCUCCACCAGAAGAAGCGCCGGUCUUCCGCAUCUGGUUACAGCCAUUCUUGCCGCUUUCCAGCCUGAGGGCAAGUUUGAUAAAAAUGAAUCGUUGGGGAGAACGAUGCGGCAAUUGCUUCGAAAUGAGGGGAAAAGCACGGCAAUCGAGUGGGUUUAAUUAAUUAUAAUUACAGUAAUAUCAUACAGAGGAGUACUGAAUGUAAUCGGUAUUUAGGGUUCACUGCGCUAAUGUCUUGAAGGCCAUCAUAAGUAAUAGGAUAUUCAAGGUUCAGAUUAAUGAUUACAUUGAAGACGCCUUGAGGUUGAGCAUUGAUCGAUUACCAUCUUCGUCGUGGAACCUUAGGAACGCCUAUUCGCAGUUAUUCUCAGCGAUUACACUCCGGAUAUUUGGUCCUCAGAAUCUGAAUAAAUUAGGAACGGGGAUGUCGGCAUUCGAAUUUUUUACAACGUAAGUGGAGGGUUGCCGCCUCCAUCAUUCUUUUUCAGUUAUCAAUCACUUUAUUCCUUGUUUCUGGAGAUCCUAAACAAAUUUGAACCCUCGAAUCAGCAAUCUGUCGAUCGUGCGACCGCAGUGUCUGCUUUCUUAUGCCAUAUCAAGCCGACAAAGUUAUCAGCGACUGACAAAUUUUGUCUGAAGUCCUUUAUUUAUCCACUACAUUAUAUUGCUUUCACUUCCCACUCAGACCACACGAGAACUUUUGCCGUUAAAGCGAUCCGAUGUCUAUUUCAAGUGGAUUCCCUGGCUGAAUUGAUGACCCAUGAAUAUUUGAUAAUGUUGGAUGACAUUCACGGGCUGCCUUUUGGAUGGAUUACAUCGUUAUGUCAGAUUGUAAGAAAUAGAUUCGGUUUAUUUUGUCUACGAUAAUUGCAGAUUCAUUAUAUUGUAAAUGAAGCUGACGCCACCCCGAAACUGGAAACGCUACUGAAAACGAUCACUGUGGCCUUUGAUGACCUUCUUGAAAAGAAAGAAUUGUAAAUUUUUAAUUUAGGGAUCACGAUGUUUUUCAGACCCGAUCUUAUCGUCUAUUAUAUCCUUUCUGUGUAUUUGGAGCUCAAGAGAGGUGGACGUUCAGUUUGUUUGGAGACAGUUAUUAGAUGCCUAAGGUCUGGAAAAAUGUCGCGAUGUCUAGCUUCUACGGAGAUUUUAACUGAACUGUUACACGAUGGGGUCGAUGAUGUUGCUGAUUUCCCAGAUCAGCUGGCUAAAAGCAUCAUUCAACGGAAGCACCAAGAGAGUGGAGAAUAUAGUGACGGUAACACCGUGCAAAAUAAGUGUUCAGGGUAAGGACAUACGAUAUAUUAAUUAAAUUUCAGUGACGAACUCAUUUUGAAUAAGCUUUGUGCACAGGUAAAAGAAGGGAAGGAUGGAUGGAAUGACCUGGAGAAGAUACUUUUAAAGCCCUCAUUGGUACAGAUUUCCCUUCAAAAGCUAAAGGAACUCAUCGAAAUAAAUGAAGAGAAAGCUGUUCAAGUUCUGGCCGUCUUCCUUCAAGAUGAACAAAGAGCAGUAAGACAAACGGUAAAAUAAAAGUUCCUAUAAGAUACUAAUCACGUUGUUUUAGGCAUCAGAUAUUAUCAUCUACUCUCAUCUUUUGCCAAAGAUUAAUUUUGUACUGUUUCCCCGAGUUACAUACACUCUGAUAGCGUCAAAGUAUCCACAUAUUCCUUCCUUUGUCCAGGAAAGAUCAUCGGUACAGUUCGACGAUUCUUUGAUGGUUAUGCCCACCUCAUUAGAGCAACGAGUCUUCGAGGAGGUCACCCAAAACACGUUUUCUGAGCCGGAUAUAUUUGAAUUCGAAAAGGAGAGUAUCGAAAGUUUUCAAAAAUUGUUAUGA